CUAGCUACCCAACAUUACAAUUGUACCUCAUUAAUAUAUCAAGGUGAUUUAGUAGCAAACCCAAGCACUAUAUAAAUAGCCUCCAUAUGAUACGGUUUCAUCACACAUUCAUAAUAUGGCUUCCAAACCUGGUAUCCUUACAGACUGGCCUUGGAAACCUCUUGGCAGCUUCAAGUUUGUGAUUCUAAGCCCCUGGAUUGCUCAUAGCAUAUACUCUUUCAUAUGGAUUGAAAGAGACCCAACAUACUAUCUCAACUUCCCUUAUAUAUUCCUAAGAAUGCUACACAACCAGAUUUGGAUCUCAAUCUCUCGCUAUCAAACUGCUAAAGGCAAAGGCAGAAUUGUUGACAAAGGCCUCGAAUUCGAACAAGUCGACAGGGAAUCCAAUUGGGAUGAUCAAAUAUUGUUGACUGCGAUUGUACUUUAUACGAUGCACACGAUAUUUCCGAUUUCUGCAAACUUACCAUGGUGGAGAACUGACGGUGUGAUUCUUACAACUAUCUUGCACGCUGGACCAGUGGAAUUCUUAUACUAUUGGCUACAUAGAGCACUUCAUCAUCAUUUUCUGUAUUCCCGCUAUCAUUCUCAUCAUCAUUCUUCAAUUGUUACUCAGCCAAUCACUGCUGUGAUACACCCGUUUGCUGAGAUGCUGGCAUAUUUUGUACUUUUUCUUAUCCCAUUAUCGACAACAUUGUUCCUAAAUAAAUCAUCUGUGGCUGCAAUAUAUGGCUAUAUCUUUUACAUUGAUUUUAUGAACAACAUGGGUCAUUGCAAUUUUGAGUUCUUUCCUAAGAAACUCAUCUCUUAUUUUCCCCUAUUGAAGUAUCUCUCAUACACACCAUCGUUUCAUUCGCUGCAUCACACAAAAUUUAGAUCAAAUUACUCACUCUUCAUGCCUAUAUAUGACUACAUCUAUGGUACUGUGGAUACAUCCACAGAUGCUACAUAUGAAGCUUGUUUAAAGAGACAAGAGGAGUCACCAGAUGUCGUGUACCUAACACAUUUAACAACCCUUGAUUCCAUCUUUCAACUACGCUUAGGCUUUGCUUCCAUAGCCUCAAACCCUCAAACAUAUAAAUGGUAUCUAACUUUAAUUUAUCCAUUCACAAUGUGUUCUUUGCUUAUCACAUGGAUUAGUGGACAUGCCAUUGUUUUAGAAAAUAACACCUUCAAAGAUCUUAAACUCCAGUGUUGGCUUAUACCAAGAUUUAAAACACAAUAUUUCUCAAAAAGACAUAGUACAACAGUGAAGAAAUUGAUUGAAGAAACAAUAAUGAAGGCUGAGUUAAGUGGCGUAAAGGUGAUAAGUCUAGGACUUUUAAACCAGGUAAAAGAGCUGAAUGCACACUGCGCACUUUAUAUAGAAAGGGUUCCACAACUGAAGAUUAAAGUUGUAGAUGGUAGUAGCUUAGUUGCUGCUACUGUCCUAAACAGCAUUCCUACUGGGACCAUUCAAGUGCUUCUUCGAGGAAAGUUUAAUAAGGUUGCUUUGGCCAUUACUAAUGCACUAUUCCGUCAAAAUGUACAGGUGACUGUAUUAUACAAUGAUGAGGUGAAUGAGCUUGAGAGAACACUCACCUCAUCAAAUCGAAGCAUUUCUCUUUCACCAAUCAAUACUCCAAAGAUAUGGUUAGUUGGAGAUGAAUGGAAUGAAGAUGAGCAACUGCAAGCAUCAGAGGGAUCAUUUUUCAUACCGUUUUCUCAUUUUCCUCCCAAACAAAUGCGAAAAGAUUGCUUCUACCACUAUACACCAGCAAUGAUAACUCCAACUGCACUAGUAAACUUGCACUCAUGUGAGAAUUGGCUUCCAAGAAGAAGAAUGAGUGUUUGGCGCAUUGCUGGAAUAAUUCAUGCCUUAGAAAGAUGGAAUGUUCACGAGUGUGGUAACACUAUAUUUGACGUUGAGAAAGUAUGGGAAGCAAGUAUUCGCCAUGGUUUCAAGCCCCUUAAUACUCCACACAAGCUAGAAUAGUUUGAAUAAAUAGCUUAUAGUAUAAAGGCUUAUUAUAAAAGCUCUUAUGUAUAAGGUAUUUUUAUUAUAAAAGAUAAGUUAAAAACACCUUGUAAAGGAUUAAUAAGGCAAGUAUUUGCCAUCCUUUUCAACUUUUGUGAGAUUAUGUUUUAGAAUAAUAAGGCAAGUAUUUGCCAUGAUUGUGCAAGACAUUAGUUUACAAAAAUGAGGGUUAGCUUUUGACAGUGAAACUUUGUAUUUUGUGACCAAUAAUCUUAAUAUAUAACCACGCUUC